AUGGCCCCGUUCUGUCCGAUGAUACAACUCCGGGAACAACGCUCUCAAAAGCCGCCCCGGCCAGACUUCUCAAGCUCAUCAGUCCUGCAUCAAUUCCAAUGUCCCAAACCACGGCCGCGCCCACCCACCAUACCUACUAACUUUAUACAAAACGUGGUCGGGCCGCUCAAUAAGUUCAAGGAAGCUCGUAUCACCGCCGACGGGCUCACCAAGUUUAGGGUAACCCUCACCCCUAUGGACUUUGAGACCGGCAAGGUCGAUUCCCGUUGCCGUAAGCUGUUGAACCUCUCGUGUACGCGUGAGAUAGAGACCUUUACUCGCAAAGUACAACCCUGGAUUGGAUACGAUGGCCUCACGUGCUUUGACAACUUUCUACCGGAGCGCUACAUCACCGAUAAUCCGCACCCCCGCAACUACCAUCGUACCGCUCAAGAAUUCGCCACUAUUCUGAAUGUCUGGGCAACAAACAGCAUGUACCAAACAUUCAAGGCGUCUUUACUUGGGCAGACCUCUUGGAAUGAGCACAGCGAUGCGCCCGCGGCACGAUGGCUCGGAGUACCGGCGACCGAUGAUUAUAUAUGGCGUCCGAACUUUGUCUAUCACAACUUCAAAAUGAAAAGCAGCGAUUGCGAGCCGCGAGCCGCUGAUCCAGAGAAGCCACAUGCAAUGUGCUACGUCGUCGAUUCCACGCCUUUUCUAGAAGACGGCUCUCUCCGAACAAGCGAGCUUAAGACGAUUAUACUCAUUGCCGUCUAUAACCACGUAAAACCCGAGUAUAACCAUCUAGAUAGCUUUGGUGUUACUGCCAUCUCCUUCUGGGACCGAGAUGUCCGCAUUGUACAAGGACUUGUCAACUUUAGAACUUGGGACGUCGAUGUCCGCCUCACAAAAGUGCAGCGCUUCCAUACGGGCUUUCGAGGCGCAGAUGGCUCGAUAGAUGUGCGGUUUUUGACAUUGUUGGCGUAUAACUCUGCGGAUGUUCUCCCACUACUAAAAUACUAA